AUGGUGAUUAUGAGCCGAUUCCAUCGGAUAGUUGGCAACAAGUCUGCGGAAACUGAAGUCACUUCAUUGGAUGACCCUUCUGCUUUGCAGGUGAGAGCUGAUGACAAGGAAGCUGGACAUGCUUCCACCGAUGGAGUGACUGGCAAGGAGGAGACCAGACCUGCCGAUAAUGCUUAA